GUCAAUUCCUAGUAACAUAGAUGGCAAUGUUAAAUUUGCACCAGCAUUUACAUUCGAUUCCAUUCUUAAGUUUUGAUGAAAAAAAUUGACGCAGAAUCUGUUCUGAUAGCAUUGCGAGUGAGAAGGUAUUUCAUCCAAAUGAAAAUGUUGUUCAAGUUACUCUUUUCAUACAUUAUUAGCUCAAUAACUUUCAACUGAGUAUCAUCAUCAACUGUAUACUCAUCUUUUAUUCCCGUUGUUUAUCCUAAUAAAAGUUUCAAGUGUUGGACAAAAAUGUAUAACGACUAAUCAACAAAUCUAAAACUUUUACUCGCAACAAACCCAAACACUAAAAUUGAUUUAUUCCAACUUUUAAUUGUGAACAAACUAAUUGCUCGACCCAAAGUGACACUACAACUUUCAAAUAUUAUGUGUAAAAAAGUAAAAUCAGUCGGAUUAGCAAGACAACUCAGCAACUGUGUUGACCAUCUUUCAGUUGGACCACCAUGAUAGACUCAGUUAUUUUUCAAGCAAAGGUUCAUCACAAUCAUCAUGCUACCCUCACCAAUUACCAUUGUGAUCUUGAUAUUUAUUUUCACUCAACCCUUGGAUGUUAAGUGUUUGUGUCCAAUGAGAUGUACUUGUUUGGAGGAAAAGUUGUCCGUCAAUUGUAAAGAAUCAUCUCUCGAUGUUGUCCCAAUCACACUGAAUCCCGGGAUUCGUGAACUUUUCCUCUCCAACAAUCUAAUUAAAAGCAUCUCAUCAUCAUUUAGUUUUUACACUCACCUCUCAAUCCUUGACCUCUCAUCAAACCAAAUCUCUUCAUUGCACAAGAAAAACUUUCAACACCAACGUAACCUUCAACUGUUGAUCCUGUCUGGUAACCGGUUAACCCAUCUAACCAAUGAAUCCUUUACCGGCCUCGACUCUUUACGGUCCCUCAACUUGGCUGAAAACUCACUGACAACCCUAACCAGUCGCACCUUUACCGGACUAACCAAAUUGGAGAAGCUAGACUUGUCUCGCAACACAAUCAAUGAAAUUUCCGAUGAAGCCUUUUACGGUUUAAACUCGUUGAAGUGGCUCAGUCUACGGUCAAACCAGUUGACUAGUGUUCCCUCAAUAGCUCUCUACUUGGUCCCCAGUCUGUCUCUACUAGACUUGGGCCACAACAGCCUAACCUCACUGGUUGACAAUGGGUUUGCCUCACUAGCCAGACUCACCGAUUUACGUCUUGAUCUUUGCUCCAUUUCCUCGAUAGCAACCUCAUUUGCUCAUGGAAUGGUCAACCUAAAACGAUUACAUCUCGACGGUAAUGAGUUGGAAACUAUUGAGAGCCACUUUUUCAAUGACAUAACCUCAUUAGAGGAACUGUUUAUCGGUGCAAACAAGUUUACAACAAUUAAAGAUUACACUUUUCAUUCACUUGGAAACAGCCUUAUAUCCCUUGAUAUAAGAAAUGCAAGGGAAUUGAUUAACUUCCAUCCAAAUGCUUUACACGGAUUAACCAAAUUGACUCGAUUAACAAUUGAAUAUUGUCCUAAACUGACUUCAUUACCAAGUCAACUAUUCAAAGAUUCACAAGGUUCAAUGAGAGAGUUGCGUAUUCGAAGCAAUGGAUUAACAAGUUUACCCAAUUCGUUGUUAACUCAUUGGACACAAUUAACCGUCUUUGAUGUUCGUGAUAAUCAUUGGAAUUGUAAUUGUUCAAUUUUAUGGCUUUGGAAGUAUUUAAGGAAAGUUAAUGGCAAUUCCUUUACCAACCGAAAUACCAAUAACAAUAACAAUUUAUCAAGUUUACCAACAGAGUCAAUUACUUUUAGUGAUUUAAUUUGCUUCUCACCUCAACCCUUGUCAGGUAAACGAUUAACCUCAUUGUCACCCGAUGAUGAUAUCGAUUGUUCAAACCCAAACUCGACUUCAACCUUGAUUGUUGUCUCUUUAAUUGUUGGCCUUAUAAUGAUAAUUACAAUUGCAUUGAUGGUUCUUUGGUGUCGAACUCGUCUUCCCCUAAUCUUACUGAGACACAAAAAGUUUACCAAUAAUUUGACAGAAGAGUUUGUCUAUGAAAAAGGACGUUUCAUCGAGAACCAAGUCAUGUUUCCACCCUCAUCUUCACCCUAUCACCCUCACCCUCUUCACCACCAACCUCACCUUGAACAGCAUCGACACCAGUCCGAUCAGUUCAACACUUCACAUCGCCAUCCAAACUAUCAUUCAACUUCACCUUAUCAUCCAUCUUCCAGUCUAAUCAUUAUACAAUCACCAGUUAAAAUGGGUCCCAUAAGUCAAGUGUAAAGGUGUAUUAAUUUGUUAACUGUAUUAUAUGUAAAACUUGGCCAACUCGACAUUCAUUAAUCUCUCAUCCUUCAUCCUUUCAAAUCUUUUUUUUAUACAUCAACUGAUUGGCACUUUUUGUAUUUUGUAUUUAAAACCAUCAAUUGAUAGCAAUCAGAGUCACUCAUAAAGUCAACCAUUUAACUCGUUUGGUAAGCGCGCGAUCUUGAACAAACUUUGACUUUUUUCAUCUCUUGGUUUGCCAUAAAAGGAAAACAUUACCUUUACUUUGCCAUGUUUUGUUAUCUUUUCAAAUUAUUCAUCACUUUUAACCGACAAUCGGUUAAAGUCAAUUUUCAA